AUUUCUUCGAUAAUUUACAUGUCACACCUCUUAUUCUUCUGGUUGAAAUUUGAGUCCAGGCGGGGUGCUGCAUGAGAGGUCCGCUAUGAAUGAGGUGAAGGAAAGACUAGCAGCUAUUGAAAAGAAAAAGAAACGUUUCAAACAACAGCAAUUUAUCUUCACAUCUGCUCUGGAGAGAUCGCAGGAACAAGCACAUGGAAGGCCCGAGCCAGUCAAGACGGUUUCACAGAUCCAGAGGUAUAUGAUCCACCAUUGCAGCAACGCCACAGACAGAUCAGAUCUCCACAACGUCCUGAAGCUCAUCAGCGCCACCUGGCGGUACGCCAGCAGUGAUGCUUUGGUCACCUGCAAGUUGCUUCUCCACCCAGACAGCGUCAUAAGCAAGCUGCGUGCACAGCACCCACAUGACGAGCUGCUGCGUCUCUCCUUGGAGGCCAAACAGCACUACGGGGGCGUCAUCAGCUUCAUCCCACUGGCCCUGGACCUGCUGCGGUCAGCCGCCGCCUCGCCUGACCUGACCCCUGACCCCUCACCUGUGCCCUCCCCUACGACCCCCACGACCCCGCCGCACUCCGCCUGCAGCCACGCCGGCUCCCAGAAGGCCGAGGGAGACGUACGCGUCCAGUCAGCGCAGCCCCAGCGACACCCAACGGCCACGCACACAGCAGCUCGGCAUGCUGGGAAGCCUGCGUGGAGACCCGCUGGGGGCAGACGCAAGUGACACCUCACAGACGCUCUGAGAAGAGAGAUUUACUUCAGAUACGGAAAUUAAACACACGCAAGUGAGACCUCACACACGCUCUGAGAAGAGAGAUUUACUUCAGAUACGGAAGUUAAACAC